CACCCACCAGGUGCCAGGGAUCCCUGCUCUUGGGGCACUUUCCUUUUCCUUCCCCAGCCCCCUCCCCCCUCCAGCCAGCCCGGUGACCCCCCUGAUAGGCCACUGGGUACAGAGCAGGGCGCUUCGUUCACAUGAGCUGCAAGACCCCGAGAAGUCCGCAGUGAUCGCCAUCAAGAUGGCCCGGUUCCACUACAUGGAGAUGCCCUUCACCAAGGAACCUACAUGGCUGUUCGGGACCAUGGACCAGUACAUAAGGAAGAUCAAGCGGUUGCCUCCUUCCGAUGUGCCCAAAGUCAAUCUGUUAGAGAAGUACCAGCUGGAGAAAGAAAUUGACUACCUACGGAAGUUCCUGGAAUCAACCCCCUCCCCGGUGGUAUUCUGUCAUAAUGACAUCCAAGAAGGAAACAUCCUGCUGCUCAAUAACCCCAAGUCCUCAGCGCCUUUGGAUAAGCUCAUGCUCAUCGAUUUUGAGUACAGCAGCUACAAUUACAGGGGGUUUGACAUCGGGAACCACUUCUGUGAGUGGAUUUACAACUAUGACCACAACGAAUGGCCCUUCUUCCAGGCCCUGACCGAAAACUACCCCUCCCAAGAACAGCAGCUUCAUUUCAUCCGAAAUUACCUGUCAGAAAUCCAGAGGAAUGUGACUCCCUCCCCAGAAGGGCAAGCCCAGUUGGAAAAGGAGAUGCUGGUGGAAGUAAACAGGUUCGCUCUGGCAUCCCAUAUAUUCUGGGGCCUGUGGUCCAUCCUCCAGGAUGCUCUGUCCACCAUUGAGUUUGGUUACUUGGAAUAUGCACAAUCUCGUUUCCAAGGCUACUUCAAGCUGAAGGAGAGUCUGGCCCCCUUUUAACAGCCCUCCUCCUCCCUGAUUUCCCUACCCCGUGGACGCUGGAAUCCAAGGGGCAGGCUGGUGAGGGAACAGGAGAUGGAGGCUCAGGAGGGCAGCGGAGGACUCGGCUGGCCGCCAUGCUGAGAAGGGACCAAAAACCAAAGGAUCAGCCAACACGCUCGCCACACCCCGAUCUCUCCCCAGCCCUAGUCUGAACUGUGAUUCCCAGACAGCCAGAGGAGCCUGCCCGGCUGGGGUGGCAACUUCUGUACCCUCCAUCUUCAGACCAAUAAAGGCUACCUGCUGCUGGCUUUGCCCA